AAAGGAGUCUACGAUCUUUCUAUACAGUAUCAAUUGAAUUGAAUUGUUAUUAAUUACAAUAUGUCUGAUCCCGAAAGAAAGCCCUUCACUGACCAAAUGAAAGAGAAGAUCACUCCUGAUUCUUCUAAGUCUACCAUCGACAAAGCAAAGGAGCAACUUACUGAUGCUUACGACAAGGUUGCUAAAAACUUUACCUCUGAUGAGAACAAGAGCACUACUCAGGAUGCCCACGACAAGAUUAGUCGUUUUGUUGAUGACAAGACCAAGAAGUAAGAUGGGCUUAUAUUUCCAUCUUAAACAAACGUCCUGGUCAUGUUUAACAAUGUUUCAAAAUUGUAUUUUAUAAAUACAAAAUGAUCUUUUAAAUGAUUCACUCCAUUAUUUAUGUCUCAUUUUGGUUCAUGUGAAUGAACAUAAUUUUUCAUGAUUUUGAGAUUAAUAAAUAACGAACUUUUUUGACCCUUUUUUUCCUUUCCUUCACGUAUUGUUUGUCCUCUGGAAUCUAUAUUGGGAGAGAACUUACAAAGUCUCUUUCUUUUCACCUGUUAGAGGAAGAAUCUAGUGGUUUUUCUUGAGGCUACUUUGGCCAUACACGUUUGCAUAGCUUGUUUGUGCAUAAUGCGUGAAAUGAAAUCACAUCGAAAUGAACACUUUGGUUGUAGAAAUUUUGAGCAUUGUAUUCCAAAAUUAACAGUAAUGAAUUGAGACAGUAAAGCAAACACAAAUGUCAAAUCUCAAAACUCAAAACGAAUAAAGAAAGUAUUGCCAUAUACGACAAAUCAUGUAAACUAAAAAAAUAAUAUUUUAAAUAUAGACCAAAAACAGAAACCCAAUAACAAUACAAAUUAAAGAAGCAACUGCAUAGCAAAAUUGAGUACGUUUGCUUUGUUUUGUAUUUAGUUCGAGAAGUUCAGGGAAAACACCCAAACAUGCAAUGUAUAAGAAGCAUCCCGCGGAAAAGGGCAAAAGUUUAUCUUCAAGUUGCAAAAGAAAAGCAGCAAUAGAGCUCUGGGAUGGUAAAGUUGCGUCAUCCUUUGCAACAGAGGCAAGGGCGGCCGAAUGAAUCCAAAUACUAGUAAUGGAUCCUAAGAGACCGGCAAACAUAGUAACUAACUGAAAGGAGAAAGUUUGGAGUUUAGUGUACCCAUUGCGCAUUAAGAUAGCCAAGUCACCGAUUUCGGCGGGGAUUUCAUGAAGAAAUACAGCGCACGUCGUAGUAAUACCAAUGGACGUGUUUGCAAAAAACGAGGUGGUAAUGGCUAAACCAUCCAUAAAGUUGUGGAAACAGUCAGAAAACAGGUUUAAGUAGGCAAUUGUUUUCUCCGAAGAUGAUGCUCCGUUUAAUUUUUCGUUAUCAUCGUCAUGUUGUGUUGCAGAAUCUAUGGAAGCAUCAUCAUCAUCAACAUCCUUAGUUUCUUUUUUAUUUUCAUUGCGGCGUUUGCGUAAUUGUCGGGAAGAUGGAUCAUGGCGUUCAUGCUGUGUGGUGGAUGAUGAGGGAAUAACUUUUUCUUGUUUCUUUUUUGUUUGAAUGACAUGAUGACCAUGAUGGCCUCCGUGGCCAUUAGAUGAAAGAAGGAUUCGAAGACCUUUAUCCAUAAUAAAGAAUAGCAAAAUGCCUGCUAAUAUAGACACGAUCGACGAAGUAGAACUUGAAUCUUCCUCAGCCUUUUCGUAAAUUUCCGGUAGCAAAUGACCAAAGACGUCUCCCAAAAGGCUGCCAGCGGACAGGGCGACAAACAGAUUUAAAGAUCCAGUGUUGAGGUUUUUCGGGACAAUGAGAAUAAAGAUAUUCGGUGGAAUGCUUGUGAGAAAAGUCGCAAAAAAGCCGUUAACACUAGGUGUAAAGGAAAACAAUUCCUCCAUCUUCUUCUUGAUGGAAGAAGACAGAGGAUGAUCUGUGGACAGCGAAUGUUCACACUUCUCCUUGCUGGACGAUCCUUGCUCUUGGGUAUUUCCCUUGCUAACUUUUAAGGAUUCCAAAUAAGCUUCGUUUUCUCUCAACGACUCCAUGACCAUCCUUAUAUCGUUUGCAGUUUGCUUUCGCUCCACUUCGCUCAUGCCGGCACCCGUUUUUGAAAUACUCAGCAAAGAGGGCUCGUUAUGAACCAAUUCAUCCAUAAUUUUUUGAAGACGCUCAGGAUUGAAGUAUCUCAUUUUCUCCAUAGCUAAUAUGGACUCUCGUUCCCUUCCCUGUACCAAAGGUUCUUGCAGGCAUUGCACCGCAAGAAAAAAGCUAAAGGCUAUUAACCAGCCAACCCAUCUUCCAUUCCCGAACCACAUUGUUUCUAUACUCCAAAAAAUUGCUGUUGGGAUUGAUGGGUCUUUACUAUUGAUUUGGACCUUUGCUGCUGAGUACACGUAAAAAGCAACUCUGGAAGGAGUCAUUGGAAGCAAUAUUUACGGUUACUUGGACAUGUUACUUGAAUUACAAGGGACAGGAAAGAAAGACUUACGAAGGAGAUUUAUGGAGAAGGAAAGUGACUUUUACAAAAGAUUUGUACGUUAUAAGAUGACGGUUAAUUUGCUUCUCGCCUUUGCAUUCUUCUUGAAUUCUAGCAUUCGAAGAUAUUUUCUUCUCUAGUAUGAUAUUCUAUUGGUACAUUCGAAACCAGAUUCCCUUUUAUGAAGGUGAAGUAAACGCCCUUGUUUUAUUUUCGAUGAGAUUGAGCAUACCAAUGAACUUAUUGAGUAUAAUCUAAGCGGGAUUGUCUCUAUAUUUUACCGCAUACUAUAAAAAUUACAUUUAUAACCAUGACUAGGUUACUUUUCGUUUCAUACAGUUCCUUGUUUAAUUGCAAAUUAAAAUUUUUUUUUAAAUAUUAU